UACCGCCCCCCAACCUCACCCACUCUCCAGCUUACGUGUCCCUUCCUCGCCUCACAGUUAUUUCUGGAUUUAUUUUCGCCUAUUCCACUCGUCUCUCUCUUUGUAUUUAUAUGCACCCUCUACAGCUUCUUUGAUUCCCAUUGUCGUUCUUACUCGUCAUCAUCAUCGUCAUUAUCAUCAUCAUCAUCACAUCUCUCUCUCUCUCUCUCUGAAACUCGAGCAGAAAGACAAGAAGGAAAAUGGGUAGUCUUGAAGCGGAGAGAACUACUGUGGGAUGGGCUGCAAGAGACUCUUCUGGGAUUCUCUCACCUUACACCUAUUCUCUUAGAAGCACAGGUUCAGAAGAUGUUUAUAUCAGAGUCCUGAGCUGUGGAAUUUGCCAUUCCGAUCUUCACCAGAUCAAAAAUGAACUUGGCCAAUCAAAUUAUCCCAUGGUUGCAGGGCAUGAAGUGGUUGGAGAAGUUCUGGAAGUGGGAUCAGAUGUGACCAAGUUUAAGGUAGGAGAUGUCGUCGGAGUUGGACUCCUUGUAGGAUGCUGCAGAAACUGCAGCCCAUGCAAGACAGAGAAUGAGCAAUACUGUAACAAGAAGAUCUGGUCCUACAAUGACACUUACUCUGAUGGCAAACCCACCCAAGGUGGCUUUGCCAAAUCCUUGGUCGCUGACCAAAAGUUUGUGGUAAAGAUUCCGGAGGGCAUGGAGCCGGAGCAGGUGGCGCCGCUACUUUGUGCGGGGGUGACAAUUUACAGCCCACUGAGGCACUUUGGCUUGGAUGUGAGUGGUUUAAGGGGAGGGAUAUUGGGACUCGGAGGCGUGGGACACAUGGGGGUGAAGAUAGCAAAGGCCAUGGGACACCAUAUAACAGUGAUAAGCUCUUCUGAUAAGAAGAGAAAAGAGGCCUUGGAGGAUAUUGGUGCUGAUGAGUACUUGGUGAGCUCUGAUGCCACCAAAAUGCAGGAGGCUAUGGACUCAUUGGAUUACAUUAUUGACACCAUUCCUGUGUUCCACCCUCUUGAGCCUUACCUCUCUUUGUUGAAGCUUGAUGGGAAAUUGAUCUUGAUGGGUGUCAUCAACACUCCUUUGCAAUUUGUCUCUCCAUUGGUCAUGCUUGGGAGGAAGACGAUCACCGGGAGCUUUGUGGGGAGCAUGAAGGAGAUGGAGGAAAUGCUCGAGUUCUGCAAAGAGAAGGGACUGAAAUCGAUGAUCGAAGUGGUUAAGAUGGAUUAUAUCAACAAAGCUUUUGAAAGGUUGGAGAAGAACGACGUUAGGUACAGGUUCGUUGUGGACGUCGCCGGCAGUAAUCUUGAUUAAUGAGAAAGAAUGCGUCAUUUAGUAUCGUCCUUAUUUACUGAGUACUCUAUCAAUCACUCCUUAUCUUAAACAAAGUAUAAAUAAACAAAGGAAAAAGAUUUUAAAAAAAACGGUGGCUUCGUGUAAUUGGACAUUGCUUUGGUUUUCAAUACUUGAAUCAAUGAUCAAGUGUAAUUGUCAUUGUGUUGACGGGGACAUUAUUGUUUGGUUAAUAAAUACUGUAUUUUGUUGA